AUGCGACCCAACAGACAAGUACAUUUCUCAUCGACGAAUACUUUGUACACUUUCAUCACUCAAACGCCCGAAGCUACGCCCCUUCUUACUGCCAAACGCCCUCUGGUAAACGACUCCCCUAAAGUCACCAAGGCACCUCGAGAAAAGUCUCGAGUUUAUGCGGCAAAAGAAAACCACGAUUUCCAACGACAUUCACGACGCCUAUCAUUAGACUCCCAACUCGACCAACACCGAUCUACCUUUCUCCACUUCUUGUUAGCGCCCUCUUCGGACCCACACAUCAUCUAUGAUGUAUCUCUUCCUCCGGAAACCCUUGCAUGCCGCUAUCCGUCGUCAUUGCUUGCUGAACCGGCCACUUCUCCCGCAGUUCCAGUCCUCGUGAUCGAGAGCCCGAACUGCCCAUGGCCCAUUACUGUCAUCCCUUCUUCGUCGCCGAGCCCUUUGUUGCUGGCUUACGGCGCCGUCGUCACGGUUUGGGAUGUUCUGAGCGCGAUUCAUGACGCGCUCCGUCCUCCGGUCACCCUCGAAGAAUAUCACGCACUACCCUCUCUUGAGGCGACCCAGAGAGUCAACCUCGCUUACUCAAAAAGAUGCAAGCGAAUCCAAGGCCUCGAAGCUCGCAUGGAAGAGGGCUUAAGAGGCGUUAGAAGGGUAGACUUUCUGGGAGAUGCCACGCGCUUUAUGGGAUUGGCUACCCACACUUCCGCCGGGCAUGUGUGGAAACUGGUCGUCUCGGCUUAG